CAAACAAUGUCACUUUUCCCAAAAUAUUGUAACCUUUUUGUUCCUUCUAUAGGAAUAUCAUGAGACAAUGUUCCCAGCAAACCCACUUAGAGACCUCUACACACAUUCACCACACACACACGGGCUCACAGCCCAUCAUUUGCUUAAGCUCGUUAGUGCAUUCUACACAUAUAGGCUACAAUGUCCUUUUUAAAUUAUAUUAUAGUAUCGUCUAUGAAUUGUUGGAAUUUUAACCAUCAUCACGUUUUUCUAUUGUGUGUAUCAACUCAAUCUUUACUCACGAGUAGGCUUUGAUGAUGCGUUGCCGCGUAGGAUACGUGUGUGAGUGGGAUGCAAGUUAAAUAGGUUGUCGACGUUCUGGUUGCUGGGCGCACGAACUGUAGGCUACUGCGGUAAAGGAUGCGUCUGCUUGAUGGCUUAAAUAGGCUACGUAAAGAGACUGACAGAAAAAUAUGAUAAUAUCUUUAAAACAGCCUUUUGGUUUCGGCGCAGACGGAUGGGACCUUUUCAACCUAAUGCAAUCAAAGCACGAUAUACGUAUAUGGAUCCUUGUCGGCUGAUGCUCAGGGAGUCGUGUUGGGAGACGCAUACAAGGAUUGCCUACGACAAUUAUCCGACAACAAGCAACGACAGUUUAGAUGUCUGGGCAACGUCCAGUUUGGAGAAUCUGUGUGCCAUACGGUAAGAGAAGCAAGCGGAUUACGACAUUUUUGAGCGCGGUGGAGUCGAUAUGCACCCUUUUCGAAUCGAAACAUUUCGUGACGGUUUUGUGUACCACGAUGGAUUCAUUGUCUUAAAAGCCACCUUCCUCAUUCGAUAUUCAUACGGGUUUUCUUUUUUUUUUUACAUGGACUGAAUUGUUUCGUCUGACGCCCUAGAAAUACUCUGAAGCUGCAUAUCUGGAUGGAGAACGAUGUUGACAGCACAGUCACUGAAUGUUAUUCAGGAUCCCAGAGCACACAACGUUCCAUUUUAUAGUUGUUGACGCCUCCUUUUGUACGUUUUAGGAUUGCACGCUACCUUAUAUUUUGAUACUGUCAAAUAAAGACUGCCACAAUGCUCCAGCAGAACAAUAACAACAACUAUCCAUGUCUGGAGAUGGCUGGCUCCACUAGGGAAGUGCUGCAGAAGUGCCAAAAAAGCUAUCUUCCCUUCACCAGUCGUUUGGAGCUUGCAGACAUGCCCUUAGUCAAGGGCCUUCGGGCCUGGGCGGUGUGCUCCAAGGAGCGGAGGAGGUCAGCGCCGUCCACCAGGGCUCCAGGGACCUGCCUCGGGUCGGCAGACAUCUACCCAGUGGGACAGUGGGGCAGGGUGGGUCGUGAUCUGGGGCUACCGCUGGAUUCCACCUAUUCCUCCCAGCCCAGGCAGGCAGGCCUCGGGGCUCUUGUGACGGUGGCCACAUUGAAGGCCUCUGAGGGAGGCGGUCAGACUCAGACACACUGUCUGUUUCUCAGUGCAGAGAGUGGCAGGUGCCUCUACAGCACAAGGGGCCCAAAGACCCACGGUCAACGUCUGGUCCCUCAGACUCCAUCCACCCUGGUGGGCAGCUGGCUCAGGGAUAAAGUGGGGGGAUUCAGGGACUCCUCUGUGGUGGGGAAAAUGGGGGUGCGCGACAUGGGAGGGGCAACAUACCAGGUGAAAUCGAGGUCCGGCCGGAGGUGGAGGACAUCCUGCAAAGCUGUGGCUCCUAUCCGGGGUAAAACACCCACCGAACGCAGGGAGGAUCCCAGGGUGCACACCCUGGAAGGAAGUCAGGAAAGCGGGGACAAAGGAGAGUUUCCGACCCUUGUCACGGACACACUGUCUGGGAAGCAGGACAGAGGAAACGCCAGAAGCCUCAGAUGCUGCCACGCUCAAACCAAGACCUGCACAGAGUGUCACCGGAGGAGAGGAGAGCAGGGGAACAGCAGCCGACAGAAGGGAUCUUCCUCCGUCUGUGUGGAGGAUCAGUUGGAGGGCGCCAUGGAGGGGAUUAAGGGGGAGGGGACUGCUGUCAGCCGACUAAAGCCCUGCAGCCUGCCCCCAGACACCAAGGACCCAGAAAGCCGCAGUAGUGACGUCAGGGACGGAGGACAGCCGGGCAACCCGCUGCGUCCUGAACUCUCCCACGACAAGGACCCCUUCCAGGACAAGACAGGGGAUGAAGACACCGGUACGGGAGGUGAAGACGUGUCCAGUGGUCACCCAAGACACGCGGAACGCGCUAACGGCACGCUGGGCACUGUGAACGGGUUUGUGGAGCAUAUCAAGUCGGCCGAACGUGAGUCGGCGAGGCUAGAAGGGAACGGGAGCACAGCUGUGGGGGGUGAUCAAUCUACGGGGAGACACUGCUGCUCUGAGAGAGGCUGCCUCAAACCCCCAUCCACACAGCCACCCACCCCAGCAGGGGGCAGCACUUCCGCUGCAGCCGAUGGGACUGGCUGUGGUCAGAUAAAUCCGGAAAUUAAAUCAGUUAGUCAGCUCAACAAGGAGGGAGAGCUUUGCGGGAAGUGUCUGCCAAAAGAAAAAGUCCCCGCGGCUGUGGAUAAAGAAGUGUUAGUGGUAGCUGAGCACAGGCUCCAUGGGGAGAAGGAGAAAGACGGCGAGGAGGGAAUCCAGUUGACGGCACCAGAAAUUAGGGAGCUCUGCGGGGAGUAUGGAGAUAUACAGCCUGAGGUCAGGAGCACAGACAAUGUUACCAGACUGGAAUGGGAAGCCAGGCAAGGGGAUUUCACAUCCCGAGGAGCGGAGAGAGGGCCUUACUGGGCAACGGAACGGCGUGAGUCAGAGGGGACGUGUUGGACGGAAGAAAGGUGUUUUUCUGGUUUAGCAGCUACCAUGACUGAGAAAGCAAUAGGAGGAGGGUGGAUGGAGUUGGAGACUGGGCAGUUUAAUUCCCCUUCACCAGGCCCUGCUACCUCUGUCACGCACACGCCGACUAAUCCGCUACCCCCGGGAGUCAUGGCAACAAGCUUCCCGGCUCUGGAGGGGGGACAGAUCGAAGCUGCAAGUGGGGCUCCGGCACCGCUGAUACUGAGUCUAGGGGAGCCAAACAGGGACCGGGACGAGAGCAAGGUAGCUGCCGACGCUGGGUUCCUGGAUGAGGAUACGGAGGGGGAUGAUGGUUUUGGGCAUUUCAUGCAAGCGGGGGAGCAGUCGUCCUGGAAUGACGGUUUCAUUGCAUCACCUCUAGUGCCUUCUGUGAAGAGUGCCGAAAUUGAAAACCCUGCCGUCACACAUUUGUCUACCCAUUUGACCUCAGACGUGACGGACUGCUCAUUUCACCAAUCAGAGGGUGCCUGGACAGCCUUCCAACAGAAUACGGACAGAGACGGACAAGACACGAGACGAGAGUGGUGGCCCACAAAUGCUGUGGAGGAGACAAGAAGCAGAUGCUCUAACAAGCAAAAUGUGAAUGGUGUGUUUGUGGAGGCCUUCUCCUCCCAGUCUACGCCCCCCUGUGAUUGUGAGGCAGUUCCCACACUCGGCCAGCUCCUCAGGAGCGUCUUGGAUCAUGAAAGCUCUGCAAAGGAUCACGGCUUACUGGACGGGUUCCAUGACCUGAACAAGAUGAUUGGAUUAAAAUAUAAAAGGGCCAAUACUGUUUCCCGUGAACGUCUUCUACACUCACUACAAAUAGGCCUGUGUAACACAGAAAAUAUUACUGGGAACCAGGCAGCAAGCCACAGUCCAUCUCUUGUCCCUCCCUUUUCAAGUGUGCAUACGCAGACCUGUGGGAAGAGACGCUUAUCUUAUGAUCUCAACAAGAACAUCAUGGAGUAGAUUUUCUCUUUCCUUGACUCUCAACAACAGAUGUUGUCUGCCCUACAAUGCCAAACCCCUGGGAGACUGUUUUCAUCCUCACAGGGGAAAUAACGGAACAAUUCACAAGAUUCAGACUGGAGCACUUGACCCCCUGGCGACCCCUAAUACUGUCUUAUUUAAUUUUGAAUUAACUGGAGCUUAUGUCAAUAGAUUCAACUGUGACAAUUUGGAUACACAUGGUUUUGUUUUGUAUAUGUGGGUCUCACAGAUAUUUUUAAAGAAAGGCAAAUGUCACAUUCUUAUUAAUUUCCUUAUUUUGGACUAAAAGACAAUGUGCAUUUGUCAGGCAAAGUGGAAGUAUACCCCCAACAAUUCACUCCACCCCCGAAAUAAACUUUGAGACAGUACUUUGUGUGCAGAGAAGUAAACACAUUUAUACACACACACAAACAAUCCUCUCCCAUCAUGUGAUGUCUGUCUCAGUACAGUAACAACCCUGGAGCAGAAUGUAUUCUAGGAUUAACUAACGCUGAACUUUACAUGAAGCUUAAUUUUUUUAUCAUACAGUAAAUAAAUGACUGUGUUUACUGACGUUCAAGUGGGUUGUUUCUAGCAGUCAGAAGGAACUUUUGUGCUGACAAAGAGAACAUUGGAUGUUUACAAUGAUACGUUUUGUUUCAGAUCACAAAAAAGCAAUUAUGUCAUACAAAGAUUAUACUUGUUUUUCUCAUUUGUGUUUGUGGGGAAACCCUAACUAAAUCAGCCCAUAACAAUGUAGUGGAUGUCUGUCAUUUGUACAUAAUUAAUUCCUCACGAAAAAUAUACAUAUUUUCUGAGUUGCUCAAAUGGAUAAAAAGAGAUUGUCAACUUGUUAAUUGAUGUAAUAAAAUGAUAUUGUGAUUAA